AAAACAUUCAUUUAACAAAUACAAUAAACAGAAACAUGACAUUUCCAAAACUCUUGCUCAUUACACUCUUCUUGUCUCUUCAAACACUCUUCAUUGCUUCUCAAAUCCUUACUUCUUCAUCAAACUCUUCCUCAAGCAUCUGCAAAACGACUCCGGACCCCAAGUUCUGCAAGUCAGUGUUCCCACAAACGUCACAAGGGGACGUUCGGGACUACGGCCGCUUCUCCCUACGUAAGUCACUAACGCAGUCGCGAAAAUUCACACGCACGAUAGACAAAUACCUCAAACGCAACAAAGGCUUAUUAUCACACUCCGCCGUUGGAGCUCUCCAAGACUGCCGUGACUUAGCUAGCCUCACUACGGACUAUCUCACAACGUCGUUCGAGACCGUCAACGUCACCGCAUCGUCCAAAACGCUGUCGUUUUCGAAAGCCGAUGAUAUCCAAACGCUUCUUUCCGCGGCGUUGACCAACGAGCAAACGUGUCUCGACGGGGUCAACACCGCGGCUUCCUCCUCGUGGACCAUACGGAACGGCGUCGCAUUGCCUCUCAUUAACGACACGAAGCUUUUCAGCGUUUCCCUCGCUUUGUUCACCAAAGGGUGGGUCCCAAAGAAGAAGAAACAAACCGGCUACUCUUGGGCCCACCCGAAGAACACUCACUCUCACAACAAGCCGCUCCGUCACUUUCGUAACGGAGCUUUGCCGUUAAAGAUGACGGAACAGACGCGCGCCGUUUACGAGUCUUUAAGCAGGAGGAAGCUCGCCGACGACAAUGACGAUAACACGGUGCUUGUGAGUGACAUUGUGACGGUGAACCAAAACGGAACAGGGAAUUUCACGACCAUUACGGACGCAGUUGCGGCGGCGCCGAACAAAACCGACGGUACAGCUGGAUACUUUGUUAUCUACGUGACGUCUGGUGUUUAUGACGAAAACGUAUUGAUCGCUAAGAACAAAAGGUAUCUAAUGAUGAUCGGUGACGGAAUCAACCGUACGAUUAUUACCGGUAACCGGAGCGUCGUUGACGGUUGGACCACUUUCAACUCGCCACUCCGCCACUUUUGGUACGUCCAUAAGAGAUAUGAUAUGCUUUAUUCCACAUGCAUGAAUGACUUUAGUUUGUAG